AAGGCUUCUGUGGAUUCUGCGUCGAGAAACUGCAACUGUCAGCCGAGCAGCAUUUCAGCUGUUUUGGCGGCUGCAUCAUCAGUGACGUGUUAAAAAGUUUCUUCUGCCGAGAUUUGAACGACCAUUCUGUGCUCCCGUGCCACCCGGUGCAAAGGAUUGUGCAAGUUCGUGGACAAAUAAGGCUACGUGUUAAAGUAAAUCACUCAAUAUGGAUCACUCGAAGCAUCGGGGGUUUGUCCCCAUGGCGAAGAAGGUACCGCUGAAGGAGGAAUCGACAUCAUACCGGGUGCACAUUGCGCUGGGAUUGUUUCUCUUUAUACUGUUCCUGUCGUUCCCGACGCUUUGCGGUGCCCAUGGACCGCACGCCCACGAUCAUGAUCACCUGCACGAGCAUGAACAUCACCAUCAUGAAAAUCCCAGUUUCAAGUACUCUAAGCACGCGAACGAAAUGUAUGAGGAGCCGGUGGCCGAUCCACAUCAUCACCAUCAUCACGAGCAUGAUCAUGAUCAUGGGCAUCACCAUCAUCAUCAUGAUCAUGGCCACGACGAUCAUCACCAUCAUCACCACCACGAUGAAAAGCCUGUCGUUGACAGUAAGCCACCGAAAGACACCUUCUACAUUUGGGUCCAUUCGCUUGGCUCUACGCUCCUUAUCAGUGCGGCUCCAUUUUUCAUCCUGUUUGCCAUCCCGCUGGAUAACACCGAAGAAAUGCAACCUCGGCUGAAGACACUGCUCGCUUUCGCUUCUGGUGGUCUGCUAGGUGAUGCGUUUCUUCACCUGAUUCCCCACGCCAUCCAGCCACACUCGCAUGAUGGUCACGGUCAUGGGCAUAGUCACGGACACGAUCACCACGGCCAUGGGCAUAGUCACGGUGAAGGAGAACACGAAAGCCAUGGGCAUGAUAUGCGCGUGGGUCUGUGGGUGUUGGCCGGAAUUAUCGUUUUUCUGGCGGUUGAAAAGUUUGUCCGUUUGAUUAAGGGUGAUACCGGGCACGGGCAUAGCCAUGGUGCCAAGACCUCACCGCCACCGUCUCCGACCGAGGGAAAGAAAGAUAAAAAACCCUCCAAGGACAAGAAAAGCCAGGAAGUGGCCAGCACAUCCAAGUCAAAGAAGGAGGAAGCCAAAGCUAAAGGAAAAGCUGUCCGCAAGGAACCGAAGAAGGAAUCGAAAAUCAAAAUCGCCGGAUAUUUGAACCUGGCAGCGGAUUUUACGCACAACUUUACCGAUGGCCUGGCGAUUGGCGCUUCGUAUCUGGCCGGGAGCAGCAUCGGUAUCAUUACCACCAUCACGAUCCUGCUGCACGAGGUACCGCACGAAAUUGGUGACUUUGCCAUCCUCAUCAAGUCGGGAUGCUCGAAAAAGAAAGCGAUGCUGCUGCAGCUAACGACGGCAGUCGGUGCGCUGGCCGGUACCGUACUGGCCCUGCUCGGAAGUGGGAGUGACGCUGCAGAAUCAUGGGUCCUUCCCUUCACUGCUGGCGGAUUUAUCUACAUCGCGACCGUUUCAGUCAUUCCGGAGCUGCUGGAGGAGUCGACGAAAUUGUGGCAAUCACUAAAGGAGAUUACGGCCAUGCUGGCCGGCGUGGGCAUGAUGGUAAUUAUUGCAAACUUUGAGUGAGAGGCGGACGAAACGCAAAACACCUUCUCUGCUCCAGUUAACCUGUGUGUACCUUUGGUAGUCGUCGUGGUCGUCGUUCUCUUCCUGUUAGCGUACGCAUUUUUUCUUUGUGUGUUAUUUAGAGUUGUGUGCGAAGAACAUUGAAAACAUAAGUUUUCCUUUGUUUUUCUACUACUCGUAAGUGAACGGUGUUGAUGUUUGUACAAAAGGUCCACGGUCCAGCCAACACAGUGAGUUUGUUUAACAUUGGCACCCUAGCCUUUCCGAUUGUUUUGCAUAACAUUUUAUAGUUAGGGAAUGAUAAAGUCGCUGCUUAUUUCUGAUACGUUAGGUUUACAAAACUUUGUACGAGAGCAAUAAUAAUAAUAUAAUGCUAGUAAAAGUAGAACAGAUAAAGAUAAUAAAAGAAAGACCGGAUAGAAAUACGUUGGCAACGUAAGAACCUUU